AUGAAUUAAAACAACAUCUGCCUAUUUGCUGCAGGCACAAUGGAGAGUGGACCGUUUUUGACUUAGUUCCUUGAAGAGAAUGGAGUCGAAGAAGCAUACUUCAAGAACAUUGAUUGGACUUACUAAAAAGAUGCCUUGAUGAGAGCUUCAAAUAUCAAUGAAGUUAAAAUUCCAAAGGUCAUACACUAUGUUUGGUUUACAAACCCACUCAAGGAAAGAGAAAUGACUGAUGUUGCUCGCAACAUUGAGGAGGUCGAGACUAGUGUAGCUGCUCUUAAUUAGCACGGUUUCUCCUACAAUCUCUGGGUUAAUGGUGAGGCUAAGCUGAAUAAAACAAGAGAAUGGGCUGAGUCUCUAGGUAUGAAAAUCAGAGACAUAGAGGAGCUUCGUGGUGAUGAUGCAUUGGCAAAUCAAGCACUUGAUGUAGCUAAAGAGUAUAUUGCUGACAAGCAGUUUGCUGCUGCAGCAGAUGUCACUAGAGUAAUAAUUGUACACAAACAAGGAGGUGUCUACAUAGAUGGAGAUUAAGUCGUGUGGUAAUAUGAUCCUAUACUCAACAAUUUGGACUUUUUCAUGUACGCCCAUCCAUACUCUGGAGUAUAUAUGAUAGAGAAUUCAAUGAUUGCCUCCACUCCUAAUAACGCUAUUCUCCGAAACUUACUUGAGGAUAUCGUGGAUAGAAAAAUCAACAAGAAGAAAGUCUUUGAAUCAGAAUGCCUUAAUAGAUCCUUCUACACUGCCUUAGCUGAGACAGGCCCAAUCAGACUAACAUUUGCCUACAAUAAAGCAUUGGAAGAAGGUUUUAUGGAAAACAAAUCAUAUAUCAUCUUGCAUGAUAAACUUAAAAAUGAUGAUUGUAAUCAAGAGUCUCAUGAUUAUGAGUAUUGCUCAAAGCUAGACAGGAACACACCCUUACCACAUGAUUAAAAUUAUGAUUUAAAGUUCAUUACUAGGCAUUUCGGUGCUGGAACAUGGUUCGACUUUAAGAAAGAUCUUAAAAACAUUGGUAGACUUAGAGAUAUUGCUGAGAAUUGA